AUGGCCAAAAAGGGUGCUUACAGUUUGAAGAAGCUUCUUAGUAACCAAUAUGGCAGGCAGACAGAAUUAAAUGCAGAGCAGACCAUUUCUGCAGUUGAUCUCUCUGGAAAAACAAUGUCAUCAUCAGCGGAGGAAGUUGCUUGGUCUGCCAUUGAAGAAGAAUCAAGCAAAUCUCUUGCUUCAUUUGAUGAAAGGAGUGGCUAUGAUUCACGGAGUGGGAUAUAUCACUCUCUUGUUAAGCUUAGUGCUAAGCAUGAAAUCCCCACAAGGCCUGAUAUUGACGCUGCAACUCUAGUCCUAUCACACUUCCCUCGUGCACACCAGCUUGCUGCUAAAAAGCCUGCCUUCGUUGAUGCUUCCACUAACCAAACUAUGAGCUAUGGUGAACUUCAAAGCUCUGUUUACUCCCUUGCUUCUGGUUUAUACCAUGGCAUUGGGAUCCGAAAAGGCUAUGUGGUGUUUGUUCUGUCACCAAAUUCAAUUUUGUACCCAACUAUAUGCCUUGCUGUGUUAUCAAUAGGAGCUAUCCUUACCACAGCAAAUCCUCUUAACACAGCAUCAGAAAUAGCCAAGCAAGUAAAAGAUUCAGGUGCCAAACUGGCCAUUUCAGCACCUGAGGAGAUGAAGAAACUUUUAGCAACUGGGGUUCCUAUAAUUCUCACCACUCGUCAAUCUGAUGGCCGAAUGUUGUCAGUUGAAGAGUUAAUAGAAGGCUGCUCUGAUAAUAUUCCAGAACAGCUGCCCCAAGUUAAAUUGGCUCAAUCAGACACUGCAGCUAUAUUGUACUCUUCAGGCACCACUGGGAUGAGCAAAGGUGUGGUUUUGACACAUGCUAAUAUCAUAUCCAUCGUAAGUUUACUGACUUGGUCCGCGGACGUAACUUCAUCCCAGAAUGAUGUUUUUUUGGGAUUCAUCCCAAUAUUUCACAUUUAUGGGUUGGUGUUCUUUGGAUUGGGACUGUUGUGUAGGGGUGUUACAUCAGUUAUAAUGCAGAAAUUUGACUUCAAAGAAAUGCUUUUUGCAAUUCAAAAGUACAGAGUCAAUAACUUACCAGCAGUACCUCCUGUGAUUCUUGCUCUUGUGAAAUAUGGAAGCAAAGCUGGGUUUGACUUGUCGAGCCUCAAAAAAGUGGGUUCAGGCGCUGCACCUUUGAGUAAGGAACUAACUGAGGAAUUUAGAAAGAUGUUUCCUUGGGUUGAGCUAAGGCAAGGCUAUGGACUAACAGAAAGUUGUGGUGGAGCAACAUUUUUUGUGUCUGAUAAAGACGCUAAAGCUCGGCCUGGCUCGUGUGGGAGGCUACUUCCAACUUUCUGCGCAAAAGUGGUGGAUGUUGAAACAGGGAAGCCUUUGCCUCCUGGAAAGGAAGGAGAGUUGUGUCUUAAAAGCCCUGCAAUAAUGAAAGAAUAUCUGGGAAAUAUGGAAGCAACGGCUUCUACACUUGAUUCAGAAGGCUGGUUGAAGACAGGCGACCUUGCUUAUUUUGAUGAGGAUGGAUUUGUCUAUGUCCUUGAACGAAUAAAGGAGCUGAUCAAACACAACGGGUAUCAGGUUGCUCCUGCAGAACUGGAAGCUCUGCUGAUCAGCCAUCCCAAUAUUGUUGAUGCAGCUGUUAUACCGGUUGAAGAUGUAGAAACUGGACAGAUACCAAUGGCGUAUGUGGUGAAAGCAGCUGGUUCUGAGAUCACAGAAGACCAAGUCAUUCAAUUUGCCGCCAGCCAGGUGGCUCCAUAUAAGAAAAUAAGAAAGGUGAGCUUCAUUGAUGCUAUUCCAAGGUCAGCUGCAGGUAAAAUCUUGCGCAAGGAUCUUGUUUCACACAGCAAAAUGAAACGCGUUUCCAAGUUAUGAGCAACUUCUAUACAAUGUUUCACUGACUUCUCAGGGCAUAAUGAGAGAGAAGCGUGUAACUCUUU